CUUCAUGCAGUUUAACUUUUUCAUGUCUUCUUGCAUUUUUCCCUCCCCUAAAUUAUGAUUUUUAAUAUUAUACGAAAUUCUAAAUUUCCAAUUUGGUUUCAUAUAUAUAUGUGUGUAACAGAGCUGUUUAAGUACUGUUCGAACUCUCUCUUGAAGACAACUAUAUAUUGUUUCUGUGGAUUUUGAUCUUAAAAGUUUCUCUGAGAGAAAAUUUUUAAUCCAUUUUGCAUAUUGUAUUAUUCUUAAAAAUCAUUUUUAAAAUGAUAAACGUGAGAACUAAAACAAUAGUAAGAAUUCCGAAUUAUUUUCGGGAAAAAAAUGUCCUUUAGCAUUAAAAAAGAAUCGGUUUGAACACCAAAACAGCCAAAAACUGCUGAAGCAUUGCAAUUUCAUGUUAGCAAAAAGAUUUGUCCUUUUUUUUAAAUAUCUAAUUUGGAUUAGAUACUGGAAUCAUAAAUUUCUUUUCACAUUAGAAUUCCUUGUCUGUGUAGCAGUUUUAUAAUCAAAGCAUAUUUUAUAAUUAUUUCUAAGGUGUCUAAUUCUUGUGACAAGGAAGACAGUUUCAGGAUGUCUCGUUAUUUUGGGCUAAGUAAACCUUCAAAUCAUGCACAACAUAAUGAAGAUAGUAAGUCUGAAUAUCCAAAAAAGAAAAGUUUUAAAAAAAAGAUGUCAGAUAGUACUGAAUCGAAUGAGCUUUCAAAUAAUACAGAGAAGCCUAAAAAGGUUACAGUUAAAGAAAAGGCAGGAUGUUAUUUUCCUGUAGAUGAACCUGCAAGUAAUAUAGAAAAAAUAAAAAAGAAUAAAUUUAAAGAAAAAGUAGCUUACAAAUAUGAAGAAUUUGACCCAUAUGAUGGUCCAGUUAAAAUUCCCAAUGAGCAAAUAAAGAAGUACCAGAGAGGAAAGCGUCUGGAUGUUCGUGGAAUUAAAACUAAAUCUCGUAAAGUGGAUUUAAUGAAAGCAGAUAAGAAAUUCAGACAAUCUGUGCGGCUAGCAGCCCGAAGUGAAAUUUUGUUGCCUGAAGAGGCAGGAUAUAUUGAACCAGAUGAAAAUGAAGAUACAUAUCGUAUACAACAGCUUGAUAUUGUAUCUGCUGCAGAUAUUACUAGUGCUGCUAAAUCCUUCUCAUUGUCUUUAACUGAAUUUGGGCCUUACAAAAUAAAUUAUUCACGAGAUGGCAGGCAUCUCUUACUUGGGGGGUAUCGUGGUCAUGUUGCUGCUAUGGAUUGGGUGACGAAAAGAUUAUUGUGUGAAAUAAAUGUCAUGGAAUCUGUGCAUGACAUAUGCUGGUUACAUCUGCCCACAAUGUUUGCAACAGCACAGAAAGAGUGGGUGUAUAUUUAUGAUAACAAGGGAGUGGAGCUACAUUGCUUAAAAAAGUUGAGCCGUGUGUUGCAGAUGGAAUUUUUGCCAUAUCAUUUUUUACUUGUGACAGCCAGUGAAAAAGGUUUUCUGUCAUGGUUAGAUGUUUCUAUUGGUAAAAUGGUGAAAGAAACCUACACAAAUGCAGGUCGUUUAAAUGUGUUAUGCCAAAAUCCAUACAAUGCAGUUGUAGCAACAGGCCAUCCAAAUGGAACAGUUAGUAUGUGGUCUCCAAAUGUAGAUAAACCUCUUAUCAGAAUGCUUUGCCAUGCUCAUCCAAUAAGGUCAAUUGCCAUUGAUUCUAAAGGCUUGUAUAUGGCUACUGCAAGUAUGGACAGAAGUAUGAAAAUUUACGAUGUUCGAACUUUUAAAUGUCUUCAGUCUUAUAAAUUAGGUGCUGCUGCAGGAUUUUUGGAUUUUAGUCAACUUGGUUUGCUCUCAGUUGGUCUUGGAAAUGUAGUUGAGGUGUAUAAAGAUUGUUGUACUCAAACUGCCAAAGCUCCUUAUUUGCGUCACAAGACUACAUCUACUAUUUCAGAUCUUCAAUUUUGUCCAUAUGAAGAUGUUUUGGGUAUUGGAUAUAAUUCAGGCUUCAACAGCAUUUUAGUUCCAGGAUCUGGGCAGCCUAAUUUUGAUGCUUAUGAAAGUAAUCCUUUUAUGACUAAAUCCCAAAGGAAAGAAAUGGAAGUUAAAGCUUUGCUGGAAAAGAUUCAACCUGAACUUAUUACUUUAAAUCCAAGUCAUCUGGGAUCAAUCAAUGUUCCUACAUUAAAAGAAAAAUUGGAGAAAAUGAAAUCUCUGCUUCAUGUGAAACCUCCCAAAAUAGAAUUUGAACCUCGACCUAAAGCUAAAGGCAAAAAUAAAGCGGCAAAAGCAUUCAAAAGGAAGCAGGCAGUACAAGAAACAGCCAAGAGAGAAUUUAUUAAAUCAGCAAUCAAGGGAAAAACUUUAAAGAAGAAAAAAGAAGCUAAGCCCAAAGGUGUUCUGGAAAGGUUUAAAAGUUGAAUAAAUUGUAUUAUAACAAAAUGUGUAAAUAAAUCUAUUUUACAAAAAA